GAGCUUGCUUGGUUAUAGACAUCUAUUGACUUUUGUGAUCAUUACGGAAAUGCUGGUGUAAGCUCUUCAGGCAACAAUGGAGAAAAAAUGGACAUAUUAUGCUGUCUGCUCCAUCAUCCAGAUACAGUUUGUCAGGGGAAUAUGGGAAGACAUAUCCGAUGAAAGUGAAAACAUUUAUGCUCUACCUGGCUCUGAUGUUGACCUGACAUGCCAAUUACAGAAGAAAAGCCAGUUGGUACAGACCCAAUGGUCCAAGGUCACUGACAAGAUGGACCUGAUUGCCAUUUAUCAUGACCAACAUGGCUUCUACUGUGCCAACAUGAGUCCCUGUGAGUCCCUGGUGACUUUCCUACAAACUCCUUGGAAUGUGACAAAGUGGAUCCUGCACUUAAGGAAUAUCUCUUCAUCACUCACUGGAAAGUACAAGUGUAGCUUUACUCUUUUUCCAGAUGGCAUCCGUACUAGAACCUACAAUGUCAUUCAGGUACCAGUUAUACAGGAUGAAUGGAGAAACAACUAUACAAUAGAAAUAGAGAUAAAUCAGACUUUGGAAAUACCAUGCUUUCAAAAUAUCUCCUCAGAAAUUUUGUCCGCGCUCACCUUUACAUGGUUGGUGGAGGACAAUGGCACUCAGGAAACUAUUAUCUCCCAGAAUCAUCACAUCAGCAACGCCACAUCAUUUGCAGACAGAGUCACACUAGAUACAAGCUAUCGACUUCACCUUUUUCCAGUCCAGAUCCAGGAUGAUGGCCGGAAGUUCUCUUGCCAUGUUGGAGUCAAGUCUGGCAAAAUCUUCAAGAGCUCUACCACUGUGAAGGUUUUUGCUAAGCCAGAAAUCCCCAAGAUUAUGGAAAACAAAACCACGGAUGUCUUGGGAAAGAGUAUAUUUACCUGCUCACUAAAAAAUGUAUUUCCCAAAGCAAAUCUUACGUGGUUUAUUGAUGGCCGGAUUCUUCAGAGUGACAAAGAAGAGCUGUAUAUUACUACUGAAGAGCGAAAAGACAAAAGCGGGUUUUUGGAACUCAAGUCUGUUUUAACAAAGAUGCAUCAUACUACACCAGUCCAGUCAAACAACCUCACAAUUUGGUGCACAGCUUUGUUUCGAGUCCCUGGAAAUAAAGUACGGAACACCGCAUCCGAAAAAAUCACUUUUUCAUUGGGCUCAGUGAAUUUCCCCACAGAGGCUGCAUUCAGCGUUACAGCAUCUACCCUGGGCACCCAACCUUCUCCAACCAACAGCGAAUCUCUUACAAGAUAUCCAGCUACAUCUUCAGUGGUCCUCAUAGAUGUGACUACAUCAAAACCACACAUCCUGCCUCAAACCAGUAGUGCCAGUAUGACUAAGCAAGACGUCAGUGAAUCGUGGACCUCCAGUGACACAGAUACCAAAAAAUCAGUUUCAUGGAUACCCAGUGAAACAUACAGCUUGUCUACCUUGGGUGCAGGCUCAACCCUUCAUGAUGAUGUCUUCACCAGCACAAUAGGAGACAUUUCAGAAAUUCUCACAACUGCUAAUAGAUUGACUAAAAAUAAUACCAUUCAUAUCACUGUUACUAAGUCCAAAAAGUCCAAAGAUGGAAUGUCAUGGCCAGUAAUUGUAGCAGCUCUGCUCUCUUUCUGCGUGGUACUACUUGGAUUUGGAGUAAGAAAAUGGUGUCAGUAUCAAAGAGAAAUCAUGGAAAGACCCCCUCCUUUCAAGCCACCACCACCUCCAAUCAAGUAUACAUAUAUUCAAGAGCCCAUGGGAAGUGAUCUGCCUUGUCAUGAGAUGGAGACACUCUAGUCCUUGGAGAUUUUACCACUCAGCAGGACUCUGCUGGAAUCCUAAUGAAAAGGUAGACAUUGUACUUGGUAAUAUAAUCACCCUCCAGCCAAGCCUGUGCUUCAGCUGAAACUGAUAUCAGAACUAAAUGACUUGUUUUCCAAGCAACUUUCUAUUUUUCAUUUGCAUAUGCCUGAAUUUUUAAAAGAGUGGGAGGAUAUAGAAAUGCUUUCUACAAUGGAGGAAGUUUCUUACUUAUGUAAAAAGUGAACUUGAGUUUGCUGUCAUUAAAAAAAUAACUGCAGUG